GAUGCGCAUGCGCGCUGUCAUUCGGAACAGGUAGUGAAACCGGCUUUGGAGUUCAGCUCCUUCACACUAGACUAUUUAACUCACAAACCCUCGUCUUGAUUCAGAGAUCACAGGAUUAGGAAUGGGAGCUUUUCUGUCUGUGUGAACUUGAUCAUUACGCACGGGGUUUAUCAGUGAAAUAGCGCUUUCUGUGUGGGUGACAAUGCGGAACCCCAUCAGGAGAUAUCCGUGGCUGACUAACGUGACUCUAUACUCGGGUCUGUACGCUGGUGGGGACUUGAUGCAGCAGUAUUUGUCGAACAAGAAUAAUGGAAAGAUUGACUGGAGGCGCACGAGAAACGUCGCGAUCGUCGCGUUCUGCUUUAACGGCAACUUCAACUUUUUCUGGAUGCGCUUCUUAGAGCGCAAACUUCCCGGAAGCUCCGUGAGCACAGUGUUGCGGAAACUCGCCAUGGACCAGACCAUAUCCUUACCUCUGGCCAUAAGUGCCUUCUACACAGGUCAGAUGGACGUAUCCAUGGCUGAGAGCUCCAUGACUCCAGAUGAGAUCGAGAUGGAGAUGGCCAGGAUCCAGAGGCUCAGGGAGGUGCUUGUCAGAAGGGAGUCAGAGCUCCGCUUUAUGAUGGACGAUAUUCAGCUGUGUAAAGACAUCAUGGCCCUGAAACAGGAGCUGCGUAAAAUUGUAGCAGUGCCAGAAAAGGAAAAGAGCAAGAAGCACCGACAAAAAGAAGAAGAGCUGAUUCAGAAGAUCCAUAAGCUGGUGGAAAAGAGGGAUUUCCUAGUGGAUGAUGCAGAGGUGGAAAGAUUGAGGGAGCAAGAAGAGGACAAAGAGAUGGCAGAGUUCCUCAGGCUCAAGCUCAUGCCACUGGACAAACUGCCCAGAGUCACACAGAGUCCUCCAAAAGCGAAAAAGCCGACUCCAGAACCUCCGCCAAACAAACCGUCCAUUACCAAGAGCAGCGUAGCAGUCAUAAAGGACUGCUGUGGAGCUACACAGUGCGCCAUCAUGUAAAAUGCUCUCCACGUUACAGCUAGUACGUUUCAGAAAAACAUAAUCUUAUCUUGGGUUGAUUAGGCUGAUAGCUUUUUUUUUUUUUUUUUUUUUGCAUUUACAUAGCAGGAUGUGGUACCAUUGUUCAUUUUAGAAGUGCCAGGACUCAUUUAAAAUGAUUUACUUUGCAUUAAAGCAUUUUUAUUGCUGUAUAUAAAUGUGAGAUGAUGUAAUUUGGCUCUAAUUUGAAAAACGUGUUGGUUGGAAAUGUUAUGAUUUAUGAGAUGUCCUGGUUUCACGAAGCAACACGAGAAGCACUGGAGAGUUCUGAGAAUUCUAGUAUCCACUUCAAGGAAGGAUCGGAAUCUCUAGUAUUUCAAGUUCUAGAUCUCUUUUUAGAAUUUUAGUAAUCCCGUAGAGUAAGGACCUGAAGCGGUGUUGCAUUCUGGAAUGACCAGUAAAUCUAGAAUACUCCUCGGCAAGGAUCUGGUGCAUAACUGCCCCUUUUUAACCACAAAACCAUCUGCUCCAUUUUAUCUCCAAAGAUCUAGUGGACUGAACAUUUACAGUAUCUUCAGCAUCAGAGCUCUGUAUAACGGGCUUUUCAUUGCUAUGGCAACAACUCAUAAAAAGUUAUAUGCAUGGCCAUGACAAGUGAACAGACCUGAAUAAUGUGGAGCAUUUACAGAAUACUGUUGAAAAAGAAAUAAUCACAAACAUGAAGCAGUCAUCAGUGAGGGGAAAAACCACUUUCCUUGAACACUGUGGAAACACCUAAAGGUCGAUUCUUCGACUUUGUCCACAUGUAUGUGAAAGCUGUCCUUUUAUGCAAAUUUUAUGAAACUUUUAGCAAGAGACGAUGAAGUGAACAAAGUACUUCAAAAGUACAAACAGGGCAUAACCAUCAUCUUUACCUCUUGCCAUGCAGUACCGUGUGACAUGGCACCCAACAUUAAUCUAGGUGAAUUUCACUAUUAAUGCAAAAGCAGAGCAAUCUGCAAUCUGAGCUCGGAGAAUAUCUCAAGCAGCAGGAGUGCACAUGGUCGUAAAAACUGUCAUAGUAUUUAAAAAAAAAAAAGGUAUUCAUGUGUGUGAUGCACUGACGUCAACAUGUAGAUAAACCCCUGUAUAAGAGAGUGUGCACAAUGCUAUUAUGAAUUAUAUUCAAUAAGGGAUCAUUAAUUAUGCUAUAAUUUAGUCCAAUAAUUGAAUUAACUGCCCCAGUACAAACACUUGUGCUAAUUUGCAUGUUGGCCUAGAAGAACUUUACAAGCACAAUAUAUACAUGUUCCAAGAUAGGACACUACUUGGGUUAACGUGUACACAAGAACACACACACACACCCCAAGUUCUCAAGUUCUGAGCAUUUCCCCUUGUCAGUUCUACACCUUACUGAGUUGAAAAAUGUACUACUGUAACUAUUUUUAAAAAAAUUAGCUGCGUAUUUUCCAGCGGAGGUCUAAAUCUAUCGUUUCUCACAUAUUUGCUGCGAUUCCUACCAAAAGAAUGAAACCUGAUUAGACCCAAGCAACAACCAUAUCGGACUUCAUUUCCAUGCCUGUGAACAGAACACUUUCCCCACAAACACAGGGUGUUGGUGACAUUUUCUUGCUUGCAAGUUCUUUAUGUUGUUGCACAUUUAGUGUUUUGUGAGCUUUUUUUUCCUUCACAAAAGAUCUGACUGCAAAUUUCAGGAACGUUACAGAACGCGACACUAGAAAACGUUCGUGAGAUUUGCACAAGCACUUAAACGUUAUUUGUAAAUAUGUGUUCCAAU